AUGUGAAUACGUCCCGUCACCCUACGUGUUGAGUCAUAGCACUCGUAUCGAGCGUUGAGCUGCUCAUCAGGCAGACGGACGGACUGAAGGGCAGAGACGGAAGACAUAACGGUUCACGAUUCGAGAGACCCUGAGUCCUCCCUCCACUUCUCAGUUUUAGGUUUGAUUGACUCCAGGACUCAUCAUGUCGUCUGCUGCAGCACGCAUCUCCCCGGAAGAGAUGGAGGAUUUAAAAGAAGCGUUCACAAAGAUUGAUAUCGACAACAACGGCUUCAUCAGCAAAGAUCAGCUCAACCAGCUGUUCAAGGCCGCCAACCUGGCGCUGCCGGGAUACAGAGUCCGGGAGAUCGUCCAGGAUCUGACCGGGACCAGCGACCAGCUCACCUUCGAUCAGUUCACCGAGAUCGUUCAUGGACUGAAGAGCACAGAAGUGGCCAAAACCUUCAGGAAAGCCAUCAAUAAGAAGGAGGGAAUCUGCAGCGUGGCAGGAACGUCAGAGCAGUCGGGCACUCAGCACUCGUACUCAGAGGAGGAGAAGGUGGCCUUUGUGAACUGGAUCAAUAAAGCUUUGGAGAGGGAUCCGGAUUGUAAACAUGUUCUCCCGAUGGAUCCAGACAGCGAUGAGCUGUUCACCGCGGUGGGCGAUGGGAUCGUCCUCUGUAAAAUGAUCAACCUGUCUGUGCCCGACACCAUCGACGAGAGAACCAUCAACAAGAAGAAGCUCACGCCCUUCACCAUCCAGGAGAACCUGAACCUGGCCCUGAACUCGGCCUCGGCCAUCGGCUGCCACGUGGUGAACAUCGGAGCCGAGGACCUGAAGGAGGGCAGGCAGCACCUGGUGCUGGGGCUGCUGUGGCAGGUUAUCAAGAUCGGCCUGUUCGCCGACAUCGAGCUCAGCAAGAACGAAGCUCUCAUAGCUCUGCUGCGUGAUGGAGAGAGUCUGGAGGACCUGAUGAAGCUCUCCCCCGAGGAGCUGCUGCUGCGCUGGGCCAACUACCACCUGGAGGAGGCCGGCUGCGGCAAGAUCAACAACUUCAGCUCUGACAUCAAGGACUCCAAAGCGUACUACGGCCUCCUGAACCAUGUGGCACCCAAAGGAGAUGAAGAAGGAAUUCCUCCCAUCGCCAUCGACAUGUCAGGAAUCAGGGAGAAAGAGGACCUGAAGAGGGCGGAGUGCAUGCUGGACCAGGCCGAGCGGCUCGGCUGCAGGCAGUUUGUCAUGCCGGCCGACGUUGUCCGUGGCAACCCCAAGCUCAACUUGGCUUUCGUUGCCAAUCUUUUCAACAAGUACCCAGCUCUGAAGAAGCCAGAGAACCAGGACAUCGACUGGAGCUCCAUCGAAGGUGAGACCAGGGAGGAGCGGACCUUCAGGAACUGGAUGAACUCGCUGGGCGUCAACCCUCGCGUCAACCACCUCUACGCAGACAUCGAUGAUGCCCUGGUGAUCUUCCAGCUGUACGAGAAGUGCAAAGUCCCAGUGGACUGGGACCGAGUCAACAAGCCUCCCUACUCUAAACUGGGCAGCAACAUGAAGAAGCUGGAGAACUGCAACUACGCGGUGGAGUUGGGCAAAAAAGAGGCCAAGUUCUCCCUGGUGGGGAUUGCGGGUCAGGAUCUGAACGAAGGGAACCGGAAGCUCACGCUCGCUCUGCUCUGGCAGCUCAUGAGGAGGUACACGCUGAACAUCCUAGAGGACCUCGGUGACGGACAGAAGGUGAUCGAUGACACCAUCGUGUCCUGGGUCAACGAAACACUCAAAAGUGCUGAGAAAGGAACCAUCUCCAGCUUCAAGGACAGUUCCAUCAGCAGCAGCAGGCCCGUCCUGGACCUGAUCGAUGCCAUCCAGACCGGAUCCAUCAGAUACGACCUGGUGAAGUUUGAAGAUAUGACAGAAGAGGAGAAGCUCAACAAUGCAAAGUACGCCAUCUCCAUGGCCCGGAAGAUCGGGGCCCGGGUUUACGCGCUGCCCGAGGACCUGGUGGAGGUCAAACACAAGAUGGUGAUGACGGUGUUCGCCUGCCUCAUGGCCCGGGGGAUGAUGAGAGCCUGAGGAGCAACUCCACCUCCUCCCACCACGACCCGGAACAUCGGGAAUAACAGAACCUCCCAAUGGCUGAGGAACGAGGGGAAGGUUCAACUGGGUCGGUUUCUACCAGCGAUCAAAAUCCUGACAGGAUCAUCAUAAUAAUAAUAAUAAUGUCUGUUACAUUUUCAUUUAAUAUGCUUUUUGAGACGUUUUCACCUCAAGACAGGACUGAGUCUUAGUUCUGCAGAAAUAAUUAGAAACAAACGGCUCCAGUUAAACCAGAGACAUGUUUUUAUCUGAACGUAGCCACUUAUAUUUUGAGGAGUUGCUUUGUUUCGUGAGAAAAAGUAGAAAGGCCUUUUCCCUUCAGAUUUCAAUGACUUGGAUACUUCCGUGUGUUUUUGUUGAUACGCUUUAAAUCAAUGUUCAGCACUUAUGUGUCAACUGAUUUAAACUGAUGAGUCUCAACUUCAUAACCAAGUCCCAGAAGUGUUAGCCGUUACCUUCACAUUCAUAAUGUAAAAGAAUAAAUAACUCAAGCAGUAUUAUUUCUGUCUCAUGUACUUUGGAGGACUAUACAUUUUAAAUAAAAAAGUGCCGAAGUGAUUGUUUAGACAUCAAAUGAUUAAUUGCUGUAACCAUUCUCCUUAAAGCUCAUGGAGGGAGAAGUUACACCUGUCCUGAUUGUUUCCCCCCAGUUUUAAUGCUUCAGACUCCAAUUCAGCUUUUAAACAAGACUCUGCAUCUUUCAUUUCCAUAAAUCCAGUUCUUUGAAUAUCUCAGUUUUCCCAGCCAUUAUUUGACGUGUUUGCUGAACAACUCUCCUCAGGUUCUGUUGUGCUCUUGUUUAAAUGUAAAGUGUUUUUCUGCAACAUUAACUCAACUUUGAUGUGAAAGAUCUGCUCCGUCCGUCUGAUCAGCUGAAACAUUCCCUUUAAAUAUUCACGGUUUAUUUCUUUGGUACGUCAUGAGUCUCUGCUCAGUCUCUGCAGACAAAAUCUGUGUUUUCAAAAAUGUGACUGAAUAAAAACAGAUUUUUAUACUAAAA